UGUCAAUCACAGGGAGACAAUAUUAAUUUUUUUUUCUUUAACUGUUCGCUUUGCUGCCUCUGACACAGCAGUCUACAUUUCUCUACAUCGUUGUCAACAUGUUGGGACCACUCAUCUUCCUCAGUGCUCUUGCUUUUACGCUCGGUGAUUCUCAUGUUACCCAAAUGCGAUGGUGCACAAUCAAAGCCUUAGAACAAAAAAAAUGCCAAGAUUUUCUAUAUGCGUUGAAAAAUGUGUCAAGUGAACUCAACAUCACCUUGCAAGCUAGUUGUGUUCAGGGAAGUAAUGCCAUUGAUUGCAUGCAAAAGAUCAAAGACGGACAAGCUGAUCUUAUUACACUGGAUGGAGGAGAAAUAUAUGAAGCAGGAAAAAACUACGAGAUGACUCCUGUAGUUGCAGAAUUCUACGGAGAAAGUACUGGUACCAGUUACUAUGCUGUGGCAGUUGUUAAAAAGUCAGGUUCGGUCAAAUCGAUCAAGGAUCUGAGAGGAAAGAAAACCUGUCAUACAGGAGCAGGCAAAACGGCUGGUUGGGUCGUACCAGUUGGUACUUUACUGUCCAAGAAAUAUAUGGAUCAAGACUCCACCUGUAAUCCGUACGUAUCAGCUGGAAAGUAUUUUUCGGAAAGCUGUGUACCAAGAGUGAAGGAAGAAAAAAUUGAUACAACAAAAAAAAAUCCCGACAACCUGUGCGCGUUGUGCAAAGAUGAAUGCAUGAAAGAUGGAAAUUAUUCUGGUUACAGCGGCGCGUUUAAAUGCUUGAUGGAUGGUGCGGGUGAAGUGGCAUUUGUAAAACAUACAACCGUGAGCGAAUCACCGGCGUCAGCAAGUGAUUACUUAUACCUGUGUUACGAUGGAACCACUGCUGAAAUUGGACAGCACAUUAACUGCCAUCUUGCUAAAGUUCCCUCUCACGCCGUGAUGACCAAAAAGGGACACAGCAAAAUGACGACGUAUGUCAAGAUUCUAGUUGAAGCAUCAACGCGUUAUGGGAACGAUUCUGGUGAUGGGUUUAGGAUGUUUGAUUCAUCCAAAUAUCCCGAUGGAAAAGAUCUCCUUUUCAAAGAUUCCACCAAAAAGCUGGAAGAUGUCUCUGCUAAGACCUAUGAAAAGUUUCUUGGUGAAGAGUACAUGGGCGAUGUCUCAGCGAUCAACGAUUGUGUGCCUGUUUCAGCUGCCGAAAGUAAGAGGCCUUUCUUCGUUGGCUCUCUCCUGCUUUCAUCGGUGGCUCUGGUGCUGCUCGACACAAGACGUCUGGAGACUCCAUUUGCAGAGUGUAGCUUGCAGUUCAGUGUACGCAUCAUGAUUGGAUCAUUAACUCUACUCAGUGCUCUUGUGGCUUUGCUUGGUCAAGGCCAAGCUUAUCAAAUGAGAUGGUGCACAGUUUCUGAUAAAGAACAGCAAAAAUGCAACCAGUUUAAGACUGUUCUGAAUAAACUGGGGAAUGAUUCCAAUGUUAUUGCCAGUUGUGUUCAGGAUGAUAGUGCAAUUAAUUGUAUGAAAAAGAUCAAAAACGGAGAGGCUGAUCUAAUCACUCUGGACGGAGGAGAAAUAUAUCGUGCAGGCAAAGAUUAUAUGAUGGUUCCUGUGGUUGCUGAAACUUAUGGUGAUGGUGACAGCCUCUCUUACUAUGCAGUAGCAGUCGUAAAAGAGAAUAGUACGAUUAAAACCCUAGAAGACUUGAAGGGAAAGAAAUCUUGUCACACUGGAGCGGGAAAAACAUCUGGUUGGGUUGUACCCGUUGGUACACUGUUGGCCAAGAAAUUCAUGACUCAAGACUCCAGCUGUAAUCCGUACGUAUCAGCUGGAGAGUAUUUUAAAGAAAGCUGUGUACCAAGUGUUAAGAACCCCGAUAUUGAUAAAGAUGAUAAUAAUCCCAACAACCUGUGCGCGCUAUGCCAAGACGAAUGCAAGAAUGCGGGAAAUUACUCUGGUUACAGUGGCGCCUUCAAGUGCUUGGUGGAUGAUGUGGGUGAAGUGGCAUUUGUAAAACAUACAACAGUGCCGGGGAAUUCAAGUGGUUAUUUGUACCUGUGCAAGGACGGAAGGACUGGUGCAAUUGGUGAUCACGUUAAGUGCAACUUAGCCAAAGUUCCCUCUCACGCUGUAAUGACGAAGAAGGGAAGCAGUAACAAAGCAAACUACGCUAGCAUCUUGAUAAAAGCAUCAGAUGCGUAUGGAAACGACACCGGGUCUGUGUUCAGGAUGUUUGACUCAAGCAAGUGGGACGGUAAAGAUCUCCUUUUCAAAGAUUCCACGGUCAAGCUUAUAGACGUCGGUGGUAAGACCUACGAGGCGUUCCUUGGAGACAGCUAUUUGAAAGACCUCGAGGCGUUGAAUGCAUGCUCAACCACACCCAACUCAGGAACCAAGCUGAUUAUGCCUUACUUGAUUGGUUCUGUCGUUUUCGUGUUGACAGCUCUGUUCGUGUCCGGAACUGUACAUUACUGAAAACCUUUACCAGAUAACUAAUCCAAGAGCUGCAGAUUGUAGAAGUGUCACUACUAACUUAUAUAAUUUUUUAUUUGUCUAAUUAGGUAGCUAGAGUUUUUGGCACUGAUGUCGCUUUGCUAUAGUAAUAUAAAAUUUCCGGUAGACACCAGAACUUUAGUUGCCUACUUGCAGAGGCUCCACGCUUGUCACGCAACGCUAUUCGUCACGGUCCAAUCGAUCGCAGCGUAAGAAAUCUUAGCACAGCUGGUGAUCGGGCUGAUGUCGGCGUAUUUCAAGUCUGUGCAUUUUUUCGUAACACGAGUGUAACUGGCCUUGCAUGUAGUUCAUCGUUUUAUCCUUAAAAAUACUGAUAGACAAAGCUACGUGGAUAUUGAAGAUAAAACGGCAAGUGAGGUAUAACAAAGAGAAAGGAGUAGCUUUGUUGUUUUGUUCGGUAAACAUCACAUUCAUAGGGAUACUGUCGAAGUAAGGGAGCUGUAGUCGUAAUCUAGAAGAAAGCUUUGUUCGAAAGGCUGAAUUAAAAAAGCUUGAAGUGAAGAAAAGGAAA